AUUUAUUGUUAAAAAAUUUAUGUAGUAACUUUUGAUGAUUCUGGCUAUGGGAAGACAGUAAUAAAGAAUUUAUAAAACCCUACACCUGGUUCAUCAAGUUGCCCAAAGAAAUCCUGGUGCUACACUGUUCUGGGUGGGAGUUUAUCACCUGACCUCACUCAGGCUAUGGUGUGAGCAAUUGAUUCAUGCUUUCUCCAGCUCUCCGAGAUCCCCAGUAGCUGCCGUGUCUGCCAUUUCCUCCUUCGCUUGCUCCAUCUGCUACGAAGAAGAUAACUUCAGGAAUACCAAGGCAUAUAAUUCUAUCAACGAAGUGUGACUGCAGGUCUAUACAAAGCCCUUUUUUUAAAGAGUUUUGACUGUUAAAAAGUCAAGGCAGGAUAGGUAAACACAGUUCACAGCCUCUUCAACUACACAUGUCACAAGAUGAUCGCCGCAAUGUUCAUCCUCCCCUUAUUUGUCAGCGACUGCGCAUUGUAGCAGUAUCUAAAAAUGCAUUCGAAACAUUCAGAUACUUUUUGUUCAAAAUGUGUACUGGGUAUCAGAAUUUUAGGGCACUUAUAUGAAAGUUAUUUUCAAAGUGGGUUCUCGAGUUUUUCAACUCUCAGACAAUUAGCGGAAGUUUGCUUUAUUUUGUUCGAGCCACAGGGCAGUUUGCCAGUUGGGUACCGUCUCUUGUCAGGAUACAAGGAAAAAUUAUCACUCGGCCAGUUUAUCUGCUUAAAAAAAUAACAUACAUUAAUUUGGAGCAGUGACAUUUACAGAGCAUCAUAUAAUAAUAAUGAAUUCUAUCAGGGCUUUUAUUAAUAGGCAUAGGAGAAAGUUAUUUUUCACAGCAGGGAUUUUGGGAACUGGGUAUGCUCUCUAUCGAGUUUACUUUGCCCAGAAGGAGAGGAUGUUGGCAUUGGAGCGGGAGGAGGAAGCUCAAUGCCAAGCAGACGAGCUUGUAGAAAACCGGUUGCGAGAACAUUUCGAAAAUCUCCAAAACAUAUCAGAUUCAGCCUCCCUAGCAUUUGGUUUGGAAAAUCUGGAUAUUCGUCUUUCUGAGGAGUUGGAUUAUACUGAAUUAACUGAAAGACUAAGUCAAGGGAGAGGUCACCUUAGUUCUGAGGAGAAGCUUCAGUUGUGGGAAAGACUCAAAAUUCUAAGUUUUACAAGGACUGCAUGUGCAUUGUGGGCCAUGACGGUGCUCAAUUUAUAUAUAAAAGCUCAGCUUAACAUUUUAGGGAGACACAUCUUCAUUGAGCAAGCCAGAGGGUUUGAAAAUGUAGAAUCAAUGGAUCAGUCUGUCGCACUUUGUCAGCAUAAAUUCAUUGAAUCUGCUGACUAUCUACAUCAGUAUGGUGUCAGUGGUUUGAUCAUUCAGAUGCAAGAGGUGGUUGAAAAUCUUUUGAAAAGCAAGGAUUUAAGGGAGCGUUUUACUUUUGCUGAAUUGUCUGAUACUUUCACAAGAAUAUUGGAGGCUUUUUCAAGCAGAUUGGUGCAUUGGAUAAAUUAUGUAAUUCCAGAAAAUGGAAUACUGAAUGAAGAGCUUUCAGCUAGCAGCUCAAUGUUUGGUGUUUCUCAAUUGCCACGUGCAGUUCUUAGUCCCUUUCAAAGUGAGAGGGCUAAAUUAGAGCAACUGAUGGCAGAGACUCAUUCUGUCCUGUCAAGUGAUGACUUUGGGGUGAUUCUGGAAUUAGCACUGAAGGCUGUUUUGGACAACAUGAUGAAAGAGUUCUAUACCAUCUUCGAGGGCAACACUUCUGGGGGAAUUCCUUUAGCUAAGAUUUUACCUCCAGUGGCUCGUGUAAGUUCUGUCCUCCUGGAGCAUCCUAUCAAAAACAGGUUCAUCAACAUUAUUGGUAAUCUUCCACAGGUGCAAUCAUUUUAUGCUCUUGUUUAUGCAAAUGUUGGAGCAAUGUCAUAGUGAUUAACUUGUUUCAUUACACCCUGUAUAGUAAAAUUUUCAUAUUUACUAUGUAAUUUACUCGUGUUCUUAUAUCUGCUGUAAUGGCACAUUGCAUUUGCUACGAAUUGCAUUCCAAAUUGGAAUAUUGAUUUAGUACAAGCCAUGUGGCCAAGGCUUGCCAAAGUAAUUUUGUAUAGCUUUGAAAAAUAUAAUUUUUGAAGGUUUUUAGAAUGUUGAGGAUCUAAAGACGCUUUUAAAUGUUUUCACUCCUGGACAAAGGGUUAUCGCAUGGUGUAAUGUGAUAUGCUACAGAUUUCCAUUUAAUGGAUUGUAAUAUGCAGAAUUUAUUUGGAGGUGGAAGAUAGAGAUUAUAUAUAGAUCAUUCUGAUGAUGUUUGAUAUUUGUCUU